AUCACAGAUAUUUCCCAGCUCUGGUGUGACACUAGCCCUAUGCUGAUAGGUCUCUCUGUACAUUUUAGUUCUGGCUGUAAACCUGUUCUGACCAGGGGUAAUAGGAUUUGGGGAUAAGGGUGAGGUUUGACUGCAUCACUUGCAUUUCUAGACAUGAACAGCAAGAGGCAGGGUUCAUGUGUAAUACAACAUCAGGGGGAGGAAUUGCUUAUGUAACUGGGACAGCAGAUUUAGCGAAAAGAGAGAAGAGGCAGAGGCUGAGAAUGGGAACAGUGAGCUGUCGGCAGGGACAACACGCCCGGGCGGCUGCUCUUCAUGAGCAGGGUGGCAACAUCCAGGGCCCCUGGGUCCGAGGCUGGAAGAGCCUCUGGUCAGGUGUGGGGACCACCAGGUCAGGCCUGGAAGAACUGUGGGGACUAUUGGGGCAUCAGUGCCAGCACCAGAAGCCCCUGGAGCCAGCCCCACCGCUAAUAGAGAAGCCUCUGUCUGAGUGGCCAGUGCCUCAGAUCAUCAACCUCUUUCUGCCGGAGUUUCCCAUUAGGCCCAUUAGGGGGCAUCGGCAGCUGAAGAUUUUAGGCCUUGUGGCUAAAGGCUCCUUUGGAACUGUCUUCAAGGUGUUAGACUGUGACCGGAAAGCAAUAUGUGCAGUGAAGGUGGUGCCUAAGGUCAAGGUCCUCCAGAGGGACAUCCUGAAGCAAUGCAAAGAGGAGGUUAGCAUCCAGCGACAGAUCAACCAUCCUUUUGUACAUGGUUUGGGGGACAGCUGGCAGGGAAAACGGCACCUCUUCAUUAUGUGCAGCUACUGUAGCACAGAUCUGUACUCCCUGUGGUCCGCUGUUGGCUGCUUUGCUGAGGCUUCCAUCCGCCUCUUUGCUGCUGAGCUGGUCCUGGUGCUGUGCUAUCUCCAUGACUUGGGCAUCAUCCAUCGAGAUGUGAAGAUGGAGAAUAUCCUUCUGGAUAAACGAGGUCAUCUGAAACUGACAGACUUUGGUCUGUCCCGCCACCUGCCCCAGGGAGCUCGAGCCUAUACUGUCUGUGGCACUCUUCAAUACAUGGCCCCAGAGGUCCUGAGUGGAGGGCCUUACAACCAUGCUGCUGAUUGGUGGUCCCUGGGUGUCUUGCUUUUCUCUCUGGCAACUGGAAAGUUUCCAGUGGCUGCAGAGAGAGAUCACGUGGCCAUGUUGGCAAAUGUGACCCACCAUGGCUCUGAGAUGCCAGCUUCUCUUAACCAGGGACUUUCACUUCUGCUCCAUGAGCUCUUAUGCCAGAAUCCCCUCCAGCGUCUACGGCAUUUGCAUCACUUCCAGGUCCACCCUUUUUUUCGGGGUGUGGUCUUUGACCCAGAGCUCUUACAGAAGCAGCCAGUGAACUUUGUCAUGGAGACCCAAGCUACCCAGCGUAGUCCAUCAGAGUCCAUGCUGUUCAAGGACUUUGACUAUAACCUGGAAUCCUACCUGGUCCACUCCAGCCCUGCUUGAGGCCCUCUACUAUAGAUUGAGGGGCCCAUUUGGGAACCUGAGGAUCACCUCCACUACCAACUCAGUAUGACCACCUUGAUGAUCCAGUUUGGUUUUACUUUGUAAUCUCUUAUCAUUGUGUUCUUCUUCUAGGCAUUGUACCAGAGUUUAAUUCUUGGGCAUUCUGCUGCUGGCAGCCAUAACCGGCCCUAGUCCUUCCCCCAUCAUACAACCCAUCUCUCAAUUCAUUAUCUCAGAUCAGCGUGUCAACCUCUUUCUGUUUCAUUUCUCCAGUGCUCAAGCCCUGAAGCUUUUAGCCAGAGGCUUAUUUCACUUUCCCACUUUUUUUCUGCAUCAUUUUUCCUUUCUUGAGCAAUAAUAACACUUCAUGGGUUCCCAAGGUACUAUUUAUAUGUUUAACAGGUUCUUCAGAAGCAGUGUGAAUAUUUCUCAGAGGUCUCAAAAGCUGGCAUUUCAACCCCAAUAUGUAUCUAAAUCAUAUGAUUCUGGGGGCACAAAACCAGUCUGUAAUGAGUUUAAUUUUAAAUAAUUUGAAAAAUGAAUCAUAGUAACCUAAUGUGACAAAGAAAAUAAAUAGGGAGUGAAACAUGGGUGUGUUAAAUGUCAUUAAAGGUAACUGGAAUAGCUAUCCAUAUUUUUUCCAAAACAAAACCACUUUGAAAGACAUAAGGACUCUUUUUUAAAAUUUUUUAUUUAUUGAUCUGAGAUAGGGAGAGAGAAACAUCAGUUCAUUGUUCCACUUAUUUAUGUAUUCAUUGGCCAACUCUUGCACGUAUCCUGACUGGGGAUCAAACCUGCAACCCUGGUGUAUCAGGAUGAUGCUCCAACCAACUGAGCUACCUGUCCAGGGGUGACAUAAGGAUUCUUAAACUGAUCAUUGCUCUAGACAUCCCAGGAUUCAGUUUCUAAUGGGCAAACCAAGGGAUUAAGAGGCAUGACAUCAACCUUAACAUUUAAGUACUUUUUCCUUUAGUAAAGAAAAUCAUCUGGACCUUAAAUUUGUUAUACAUUUCUGGCCUUUUGACUUCUUUUCAUUUUUAUUUAACUUCUCAAAAGCUUCAUUUUUAAUAUUCUUCAGUCGUAUCUGAUUUCUUUUUUCAGACCAAAGGGAGUCUGUAAAAUAUUCUGUGUACUUCUAUUAAUUCUGUCCCUGGAUUAAGCCAGAUUUUCCCCGUACAUAGCUAGCAUUUUAUUUGCCUCUAUAGAAUUGCUUUUUCUGGAUUGUACUUUGGCAAUCUGUAUCAAAUCCCUAUGAAACUUAAUUGCUGUCGAUACUGUAAAGGGUAUUUAUGAUUACAAUUCAUAAUGUUCUUUUUAAAGAUGCAUAGGAGAAAUUUUCUCUGAACCAAGUUGCGCUUUCCCUGAAUUGCUGUUUGGCUUUACCUUAAAGACACUGAAUAUUCAACUGACUAUAUUUUUCUUUUCAUAUUGAUGCUAGACUACUUAGAGCCAAAUUGUGGCCCACCUCCAGCAAGGGUUUAAGGACUUCAUGUUGUAUAUUUUGUAUGCUAGCUACUGUUAUUAGGGAGACCUGAGUUAGGGGGCUCCCCCUCAUUGGUUCUUGUCUCACUCUUGAGAGAUGAAUUUAGUCAAGAGACAGCAAGUAUAGUGGAAAUGAGAUAGUAAGUUUAUUUAUGAAAUACGCUUGAGUGUGAAGGUACAAGCAGGCACCUGGCUAGACUGUGUGCACUGACUAUUGGGAUUUUAGGGGUUUUAUGCUUGUAGCCAGUUUCUGAUUUCCCCGUCCUCCUCCCUUCUCCAGACCUUGGUAUUAACAUACAGUUUCAAAGGCUUCCUUUCCCAGAUAGUGGAAAUGAUACACACAAGGCUCCCUCCUCCUGCGCUUAUCAUAGUCUUUCUUUUGAUUUUCGGAACACCUGGCAAUCUUAUCUGACUAGGCUCAGGACUGCUGAAUUAAUGGGUGAGACAGUCUCCCUUCCCCUCCCUGCCUUGGUUUGCUAUCUACCCUGCCUAACAGCUACGUUCUUCCUUCGUUUCCUUUAUUUUCUACACUUAUUUUCCUAAUUCUCAUUUUUCUGUUUUAUCUUACUAUAUUAUCUGCAUCUUUGCAAGCCUUCUGGGAAUGAGGCUGGGAUAUAAAUAAAUAAAAGGAGUCCUGGCUGGUAUGGCUCAGUGAAUUGAGUCCCGGCCUGCAAACCAAAAGGAUGCUGCUUCAAUUUCUAGUCAGGGCACAUGCCUGGGUU